UCGCUCUCGAGGUACAACCGUUCCAGAGCGUGUAGGGAUUGGAACGCAGUAUCCACGGGAAGGAAAAGUUAGGACACCGAGGAUUGUUCGGCAACGAGGUGUGCGAGGUCGGGUGGGGGCACGAGGACGUCGUUGAUGCCGAGAAGUAUCCCAUUCCCUGCGUCAAUCUUCCCCUUUACUAUCUCCACUCCACCCUUACCAAAAGCAUCUACUCCAACCCAGGCGCCUUGAUCCCGAACGGCCACUCGCAGUCGCUGAGGUUCUGAUCCCAAUGAUCCGCCUGGUACCGGCAUCCAUGGGGGAUUUGGCGAGGGGUCCUUUGAGGGUGGCUCUAGAGGAGAGUGCGGAUAGUGGAGGGUCUUUAAGACUUGAGGAGGGUUGGGGAGGUCCGGAACAGCAGGGACGGUAUAAUUUAUGAUAUGGUAGAAAAGCUGCUGUCUAAGCUUCUCCUGGAUAUUAUCGGUCAUGAUGAAGGCGUCAUCGUGAGCAGCUGCAUUCCAAAGAUCGUCCUUGUGGAUGGCGUCGUUCGUGGGUGCGAAAAACGUGCUCCCGUUGAGACGAUUCAGCGUCGGGAUCAAACGCGCGCGUUGGAGUAAGCGAAGUAAAGAAGUGUAGUCAGGAUCAGCAUUGAGGGCGUCAACUAGGGUAGGAGAGAAGAUAGAUAUUUGAGAGGGAACGACAGGCGUAGCCAGCAGUAGCAAGGGCCACAACAUGGUGGUUUGAGUUCGGUUGAGUAAAGCGCAGCGUGUGCAGAGAUGACGUCCACCUCCUAUCAUCAUCACAUCCCGUUUAGGUGAGCCUGUCAACGACGGACCUUGCCCUAUGCAGCCUUGAUGCUCUCGUUGGUCUCGCUCCUCCAGUCGCCGCAACACGCUUUUCAGACUUUCCAACUCCCGAACUCUACUCUUCUGCUACACGCGUCGGCUGAUGGCAUUGUUAUCCGCGAUGCACUGUCUCUCGCCGUCGUACGCGUGCUUGCGUUUUGGGAGGCGUUCCCUGGAUCAAGUGGCCAAGUGUCUUGCCUUUCCGUCGACUCCGGCAUGAAACUCAUUGCCGCCUCGAUGGGAUCCCGAAUAGCGGCGUGGUCCCUCUCGGGCGUCGAUCAGAAUGCAUGGCGGCUUCAUUCGACUUUGGUGUUUCCUGUGGGUCAUGAAGUCACAUCCAUGGACAGCAAAUCCGGUUUGCUUGCUGUGGGCAGCACAUACGGCUUGUCUGUAUACACAUUGAUACUUGAAAACGAUCUACCAACAUGGUCUCAAAAAUGGAUUAUUUCUACCGGAACCCCUACGAUGACACGCUUUGCCCCAUCGCUUAUGUAUAUUGCGGCAACCGCCGAGAACAUAGACCGGCGACCGCCAACGCUCUUAAAGCAACUGGUCGUCCAGCAAACUCCCCCGGGGACGUUUCCUUCUGCCCCGAAACACCUACAUCUGCUACCAGGGACAAAACCAGACUCGCUGACGCUUGUGACGUUAUCACCGUUGCGGACGUACCAAUUCUCACCAUCGUCCUUCUUCGAUGCUGAUCCAGAAGGCUUGCUCUCUCUCUCUGCGGCGCCAGAAUGGCGCAAUGCAGAGGAAUCGCGAAUUCUUCGGUUUGUGCGAACUCCGGAUGGAAGCGGUGUUGGCGUCAUCCGCGAGACUGGUGGCGAAGCUUGGAAUCUAGGGCAAAACCACGGACUGCAACGGGCGGUUCAGUGGGGAGCAGCUGAUCAGGUCGUGGUUCUGGACGGUGGUCGGAGCUAUGCGACAUACGACAGCGCGCGAGAAGAACUCCGACUGAGCACCCAUCCCCAGAGUGCCCUCUCGCUGCCCGAAAUCACCUCCCUGUUUUCUCUUCCGUCAGAUAGCGGUUCUGAGGCCAUAUUCGGGAUUACCCAGGACUUCUCCGUUAUCCAGGUCAACGUCGAGGCUGCUGGUCUCGUACUAGAGGCUCAUAGCACGCUGCCGAUGUCGACACCGAAGAUGAUCCUACCCGUCGAUCCAAUGGCUUGGAACAAACUAGGCAGCUGGGCCGCGCGUGACAUCUUUUUGAGUGUGUCUGAUUCGGGUGAGCUGGCCUUCUGGACCAGGACGAGAAAUGAGUGGCGAUGCACUGGGAGUGUCAAAACCAACAAGACAGGGAUCACAAAAGCAAGAUGCAGUUCAGUAAAGAAGACAGCGCUUGUUGUCUCGACACCAGGAGAUGAACUCACCAUCUGGGACUCCAAAGAGUCGGAGUUUGCAACUGGUCUGGAAUACCACUGUGUCUACAAAGAGUCCAUUAACGAUCUAGAUUGGAGCUCGACUCCCGAUGCGCAAUCCAUCUUGGCUGUGGGAUUUCUGCAUCGCGUGGAACUCCUCUGCCAGCAGCGGUCGACCUAUUUCGAUCAGGCGAUCGGCUGGCUGAAGUGUUGGACGAUCGACAUUGGCUCCUUUAUUCCGUAUCAGAUCAGCGAUUCGAUCUGGCUGGCCAACGGAUCGCUGCUGGUCGGUGCUGGGCAUCAAAUGUUCUUGUUUGGCCAACGCCAAAUUGGAGAGGAAGGCCUGUUCGAGUACGUUGCUCGUCGGAACGGGCCACUGGAAGACUACCAUCCUCAGAUGCUGCUUCAGUGUUUAAUUUGGGACAAGGUCGAACUGGUCAAAGACAUCAUUUUCAACCUUGCACAGGACCUCGAAGGGUCGACGGAUGAGAACACUCGACAGUCGGUGCCGAUCGAGCGCUUUCUUAGAAAAGAGGCUAAAAACGCUCCAAACGGUGCCCAUAAGAAACAGUACACAUUUCUUUUCAACGGCCCGGAACCGAAGGAUGAGGAAGAAGACGGUUUCAAUCGCACUCUUGUUGACCGUUUGAUGAAGGCUCUGGAGAAAAAACCUCUUCAACAUCUUACGCGGAAUGAAAAUGCGCAUCUGCUCGGACUUAUCCAAACUACGCUUGAAAUCGACGAGCAGCGGAGGGCACUGGACUCCAAUGGUCUGCGAUAUCUCAUCUCGAUGCGGUCAUUCUACAUCUUGAAUGAACGGACUGCCGACUCUCUCGGAUCGCUUGCGCCCCGAAAGCGAUUGCGAUACCGCGACAUGGUUUGGGCUUUCUUCAGCGAGAGCCAAGAUCUGCUGUUGUCAGCAUCGGCUGCCGCAUGCAACAACAACAAGAUGUGCUGGGCUGACGCCAGAGCCCUCGGAGUCGCUUUGUGGUUGAAUUCCGUCGAAAAUCUGAGAUCGCAGAUGGAGAUUGUCGCCAGGAAUGAGUUCAUGGCUGGGGACAACAGAGAUCCGGUCGCUUGUUCGCUGUUCUACUUUGCGCUUGGAAAAGUGAAGUUGGUGCACGGUCUCUGGAGACAAUCCGCCUGGCAUAAAGAACAAGGGGCUAUGCUCAAGUUUCUGUCAAACGACUUCACAGAGCCCCGGUGGCGCACUGCGGCUUUGAAGAAUGCUUUUGCUCUGCUCGGGAAACAGCGCUUCGAAUAUGCUGCCGCAUUCUUCCUUCUCGGUGGUGCACUUCAAGAUGCGAUCAAUGUCUGCCUAAAGCAUCUGCGUGACUUCCAGCUAGCGGUGGCGCUGGCCAGGAUUGUCGAGCAGAGCAACGAGGGUCCCGUGCUGCACAAGAUCCUCGAGGAGACCGUCAUUCCCACAGCGUUCCAGGAAGGGAAUCGAUGGCUGGCCUGCUGGGGCUUCUGGCUUCUCCACCGCCGGGACCUCGCUGUCCGCAUCCUUCUCACUCCCUUGCACGAUAUCGCCGAGUCUCUUGACAUUAAAGACAUCGGGCAGGCCAACUAUGACGAUCCGAGCCUGGCUUUGUUGUUUUCGCAGUUGCGCUCGAAGACGCUCCAAGCCGCAUCGGGAACGAGCCAGAUUUCCGGACGGGUCGAAUUCAACUUUGUUCUGCAGAUGGCCCGGGUGUUCUGCCGCAUGGGCUGUCCAGCACUCGCACUAGAUCUCGUCCGGUCGUGGCAAUUCGACCGUCCGUCCAUCGAGAAGAACCGACCGAUUGCGAGACGUCCUACAUUUGCACUUGGUCCCAGCCAACGCCGCCGAUCAUCGAUUGUGAUCGACAUGGAGAUCCCGUCUUUGCCAGGGACCCGGCCUGGCUCUCCCGUGAGACCAGCACUGAUGUCCUCAGUCAUCGUCGAGGAGCCGAGCAACGACAAGGAGGACCUCACUGCGAAAAAAGCGGGGCUGGGGAAGCUUAUGAAAUCCGCAAAACAGAACGUGACUGUGCCGGAGUUCAAUAUGGAUGCGUUUUUCUGA